UGCGGAGAGGAGCGCAGCGGCGUCGUCUCAGCGCUUUUCACUGUAACAUGACUGCAUGAGAGACCGGGAGAGACGCACAGCGCUGCCGCAACGUCUGCUCGCUCAGAUAAAGACUCAGAUUUCCACGCAGGUACUCGCAGGUGGCGUCCGCGCUCCAGCUCGUCGCGAUGACAGCCUUGUCGCUGCUGCUGAUGGCCGUGUCGGUCGCUUCUACUCUGGCCGAGUCCACUGUGUAUUUCCGAGAGCAAUUUGAAGAUGGGGAUGCCUGGAAGAGUCGCUGGGUGGAAUCCAAGCACAAGACAGACUAUGGCAAGUUCGUCCUCACUGCAGGGAAGUUUUAUGGGGAUGCAGAGAAGGACAAAGGUCUGCAGACGAGCCAGGACGCCCGAUUUUAUGCAUUGUCAGCUCGGUUUGACGACUUCAGCAACAAAGGAGAGCCUCUGGUCAUCCAAUUCACCGUGAAGCAUGAGCAAAGUAUCGACUGUGGAGGAGGCUACAUCAAACUGUUCCCCUCUGAACUCAGUCAGGAGGACAUGUUUGGAGACUCUGUUUACAACAUCAUGUUUGGUCCUGAUAUUUGUGGCCCUGGCACAAAGAAAGUUCAUGUGAUCUUCAGCUACAAAGGCAAGAACCAUCUGAUUAACAAGGACAUCAGGUGCAAGGAUGAUGAAUACACCCACUUGUACACACUGAUCGUCAACCCCGACAACACGUACGAGGUUAAGAUUGACAACAAAAAGGUUGAGUCUGGCAGUCUGGAGGAUGACUGGGAUUUCCUGCCUCCCAAAAAAAUUAAGGACCCUGAGGCUAGAAAGCCAGAGGACUGGGAUGACAGGGAGAAGAUUCCUGAUCCUGAUGAUAAGAAACCAGAGGAUUGGGACAAACCCGAAAACAUCCCAGAUCCUGAUGCCAAGAAACCCGAUGAUUGGGACGAUGAGAUGGACGGAGAGUGGGAACCACCAAUGGUCACCAACCCUGAUUAUAAGGGUGAGUGGAAGCCCAGAGAGAUCGACAACCCUGCCUACAAGGGCAAGUGGAUUCACCCUGAGAUUGAAAAUCCAGAGUACACAGCAGAUACCGAGAUCUAUAAAUACGACAGCGUCGGGGUGAUCGGGCUUGAUUUGUGGCAGGUCAAGUCUGGAACUAUCUUUGACAACUUCCUGAUCACCAAUGACCCAAAUCUGGCAGAGGAAGUAGGCAAUGACACAUGGGGCAAAACUAAGGACGCUGAAAAGAAGAUGAAAGAAGGCCAAGAGGAAGAGGAGAGGAAGAAGCGUGAAGAGGAGGACAAGAAGAGGAGAGAAGAGGCAAAGGAGGAAGAUGAGGAGGAAGAGGAAGAGAAGGAUGAGGAGGAGGAGGAGGAAGAGGAGGAGGAGGGAGAAGAGCACGAGGAAGAAGAAGAGGAGGAGGAGGAAGAAGAGGACGAUGAAGGCACAGACUCUAAACUCAAGGAUGAGUUAUAAACUCAGGACCUGCUCAGACUGCCUGUGUCAGUGGGCUGCAGGAAGAAGGCUGGAGACUGACUGACUGACACCCAGGGGGGGACUUUUUCAUUUGUUUGUUUACAAGGCGAGGGUUUAGGCCAAAAAAGGGCGAUUGCUAUGUUAUUUCUUGUUUCAUUGUGCUACUACUACUAUUACUACUACAACAACUACUAUUAAUAAACGAGGAAUAGCAACAGAAUAGAAAUGUCAAUACGAAUGUCACAACCAGAAUUUCUAAAACUACCCAAGAAAAUAUGUAAACCGUUUUGUGUUUUGAAGACAUUUCAGUUCUUAUGAAGUAUACUGUUGUUGUGACAUUAAAAGGUAUAUUUGAUUUGUGGAUGGUACCACAAACCAGUUUUGUUUACCUCAUGUGUUUAGUUUGUCUUUUUUUCUGUGUCCUGUUUUUGUAAAUGUUUUAAAAGUCAAUCUUGUCACUCUGCAGAGUUUGAUCGGGGUUACAUGUUGAUAUGCAGGUUAACUUAUUUAAACUAUGAUUAAAAUGAGACUGAAAGGGAAACCAGAGUGCACUGAGACUUGACACUAGAUAAGCCGGCUACCAUGAGAUGGUCACAUGAGGUGCUUAAGAUGAAGUUUCCUGUGGAGUUUUGUACUGUUGACUGAAUACUUUUUCCACUCUCAUGCACAUACUAUAGUCUUGUGUGUCUAAAACGUGCUCAAAUGUAGAUGUACAUCAAGAACACUCCAGUAGCAGAAAGUCUUCUCAUUAUCAUAAUUUGCUCAUUGUUAGUGUAUGAAGCCAGUUUCCUUAUUUCUGCACUGCUGUACCCCAACACACUGUCCCAAACAGUCUGGAAGUGUUCCUUUUGUAAAAGACA